GGUUUCAAGUUUCAGCGACGUCGAAUCCACGACCCUGCUCCUGCUGCUUUGCCCAAUUACGCCAUUCUUCACGUUUCUUCUUCCUUUGUAAUCACAAAAACCCUAAUUAAUUUAAUCUUUCUCUCUUCUCUCUUGUUUUGCAAGGGAGGAUGGAUUCGGCGAAGAAUUUGACUUCGGAAACCUCGAGAUCAGUUCAAUCCAAAAAAUUCACAGUACUCAGCUGCUUGGGCGGGUCUAAUUGUAUCACUCAAAUCUCGCUUCUAUUUGAUUCCUCGAUCUGUCUUAGCAUUGGUUUCAGAGCCCACUCGACGCCAUUGAACAUGAACUUUUUAGGUUUUUGGCUAUCGCACUUCCUUCGAUUUCGUUCAAUUUAUUCUUCGUCAGAUCCACGUCUUACGCCUUUGGCUUUGCCUUUCCUUUGCGUGCUCUAUGAAAAAAUACCCUAAUUCCACGUCUUUUGCAUGACCUUUUGAUCAUCUGAUGAUCUUUCUGUUUUUGGGUAUUUCUCCUUUUUUCUACUGUUGUCUUUCGUUACGUGGCUAUUUCUCUAUUUAUGAUAACGAGAUUCCCAUUUGUGUCUAUCCGUAGUGAAUUACUCAGCAGUUCGUUUCGGUGAGAGUGAGGAUCGGGAUAGAUAACGGUUAGAUCGGGAGACUGUCUUGACUUUAUUGGUCAGAGCCGAGCUUGGUCAGUGUCAUGUCAUCAGAUUUCAAGCUGGAUGUGGUUAUUUGCCAUGAAGGCAACGAACCAGAAUUAGGCUCUUUAAAUGGGAAAGUGAGCUUUGGAGAUGGGUUCAGUGCAGCAUACAAAAUUCUUGGUGGUCUUCAUGGACAAGGGAAAAGGUUAAUUAGCAAUAUUGUAACAAAUGCAGGAUGCAAAGCAGCAAAUGAUAGGUCUUUGAGAGGGAAUAGAGUCCCAUUUGCUGAUUCUAUCAAAUUUCUGACUGGUGGAGAUGACAAACGGGAUCAUGGAACUAGAAGGACAUAUGGACCUCUCGUGUCUGGAAUUGCUUACUGUAUUUCUUCUUGCAGCAUGAUUUUACUGAACAAAGUAGUCCUAUCAAGUUAUGGCUUCAAUGCUGGAGUAUCGUUGAUGUUUUAUCAGAAUUUUAUCUGUUCUGUGGUUGUUCUAUUGUUGGGUUUUAGUGGAGCUGUCUCGGUGGAAAAGCUGAAUUGGAAACUUAUAAUGGUCUGGCUCCCCAUCAAUAUCAUCUUCAUUGGCAUGCUUGUAUCAGGCAUGUAUAGUUUGAAAUACAUAAAUAUUGCGAUGGUGACGAUUCUGAAGAAUGUGACAAAUAUUUUAACAGCAAUCGGAGAGCUAUAUAUUUUCAGGAAGCAUCAGAAUCAGAAAGUGUGGACUGCAAUGUUUUUAAUGAUCAUCUCUGCAAUUAGUGGAGGUAUCACAGAUCUCUCUUUCAAUGCUGGCGGCUAUGCUUGGCAAAUUUUGAAUUGUGUUCUAACAGCAAGCUAUUCGCUCACGCUCCGGCAGGUCAUGGACAAAGCUCAACAGUUCACAGGAUCUGGAUCACUUAAUGAAAUUUCAAUGGUGUUGCUGAAUAACUUAUUAUCUUUACCUUUGGCUAUAAUAUUGAUAUUCUUGUUUGAUGAAUGGGAAUAUGUAAAGAACACGGAUGUGAUUAAGAUGCCUGAAUUUUGGCUGGUUUCAACAGCUAGUGGAUUUCUUGGACUUGCCAUUAGCUUCACCUCUAUGUGGUUUUUGCAUCAAACUGGCCCCACCACUUAUAGUUUGGUGGGUUCCUUGAACAAGAUUCCCAUAUCUAUUGCUGGUCUAGUGAUGUUCAAUGUCCCGCUUAGUCUCCCAAACUUCUUCAGCAUACUAUUUGGUCUAUUUGCUGGAGUGUUCUUUGCCUGGGCCAAAAUGUCCUGAUAUCCCAUAAUUUGGGUCACUGGGGGUAAGAUUCAUCCAAGAACUGUGAUGGUCCAAUGGCUUCUGCAUGCUGUUUGCUUUAAGUCAAAAUCUUUUUUAUCAUCCGAGUGUAUGAGUUGCCAAGACUGAAGAAGCACAAGCCUUUGGAAAAGUUCUGCAGAACAGCAGCCAAUUUCUGCAGUAAAUGUAUCAGUUAAGGUAUUGAAAAGUGAGGGACGCCCUCACUACAAGAAGUUCAACAAGCAAAGGAGGUGUUUUCUUAUUUGUUGUGUUAAAACUGGCAAAGCCUGAAUUGCAUUUUUGAAUCAAUCUGUCGGAAAUUGUAAAAUUAUGCUUUUGAAACUAUUGGGGACUUAUGAAGAGGAAGUUCAAUGGUUCCUGCUUUA